AUGACUAAGAAUUGUUAGCAAGAAUUUCUUUAUUAACUUUAGUAACUUCGUCUGAUUGAAGAAGAAGAUGAUCGAAAGCUAUAACUUUAAUCAUAAUUUGCUGAACAUGAGAUAUAAGAAAAUGGUUAAGGUUGCUUUAACAAUCUUUCCACGAUAUUCUUAAGAAAUUUAUGUGAUGCUGUCUUAGAAUGUAGUGAGAUGAAAGAGUAUUGCCUUGAUAGAGAAAACUUGCUAAUUUGGGAGGCUGAAUGCAAUAAUAAUGAAAUUAUCAUUUAAGCACUUGCAUCAUAAUUGAAAAUGUCAUGUUAAACUGAUAUUUUUUUCGAACAGUAACUAUAUCAUUUAGGAGUAUGA